AUGCCGAGCGUAAAGCUCAAACAUUCUUCAUCUGACACCCUUUCCUCCUCCUCCGCCGACUCCGUCCGCCUCCUUUCCCGCGAAACCCUCCGCAUCAGCGCCUCUCUCGCCUCCCCUCCCGAUGAUCUCCUUCCUCCACCCCCACAAUCUCUCCCCGACUCUCACUUUCUCCAAUCGACUCUGAAACUGAUCUGCUGCGAGGAAAUCGACGGCCGGAGAUGGAAAUACGUCGCCGAGAGCGAUGGCUCUGGGAGAUUCAAGAGGAAUUCCGUCCGUGCUAUAAGCUUGGAGUCUCCUCAGACUCCUUUUGAUGAAGUUGGUUCGUUUCUCAGAUCUUACGUUGUACCUGAAGGAUUUCCAGCGAGUGUUAAUGAGUCUUAUGUUCCUUACAUGACAUUUAGAGCUUUGAAGCAUUUCUUUGGUGGAGCCAUGGGUGUGUUUACAACUCAAACACUUUUGAAUUCAGUUGGAGCCUCAAGGAACAGUUCUGCUUCUGCUGCUGUUGCCAUCAAUUGGAUUCUCAAGGAUGGUGCGGGGCGUGUUGGCAAAAUGCUUUUCGCGCGGCAGGGAAAGAAAUUUGAUUAUGAUCUGAAGCAGUUACGGUUUGCUGGUGAUCUUUUAAUGGAGCUUGGUGCUGGUGUAGAGUUGGCGACUGCUGCAGUUCCACACCUUUUUCUUCCACUGGCUUGUGCUGCUAAUGUUGUUAAGAAUGUUGCAGCUGUAACAUCGACUUCUACUCGAACACCAAUCUAUAAAGCCUUUGCUAAAGGAGAGAACAUAGGAGAUGUCACCGCUAAAGGAGAGUGUGUUGGUAAUAUUGCAGAUCUGAUGGGAACUGGGUUUAGUAUCUUGAUAUCCAAAAGAAAUCCUUCGUUGGUCACAACCUUUGGUCUUCUAUCAUGUGGCUAUCUCUUGAGCUCAUACCAAGAGGUUAGGUCUGUAGUAUUGCAUACACUAAACCGUGCAAGAUUUACAGUAGCAGUGGAGUCUUUUCUCAAGACAGGGCGGGUUCCCUCAUUGCAGGAAGGUAAUAUCCAAGAAAAGAUAUUCACUUUUCCAUGGGUGGAGGAUCGUCCAGUGAUGCUUGGAGCAAGAUUUAAGGAUGCAUUCCAAGACCCCACCACAUAUCUUGCAGUAAAACCUUUUUUCGACAAAGAAAGAUACAUGGUGACAUACAGCCCCACCAAGGGCAAAGUAUAUGCACUUCUCAAGAAUCAGGCAAACUCAGAUGACAUUCUCAAAGCGGCAUUUCAUGCACAUGUGCUUCUUCAUUUCAUGAAUCAAUCGAAAGUCGGUACCUUAAAAUCAGUGGAACAACCGGAUCCUGAUUUUGCUCCUGUGGUACAUGAGCUCGAGUCUCGAAUCGCUGAGUCGUGUGAAAUGGUUUCUACCUCAUAUGGCGUAUUCAAAAGCAGGGCUGCAGAGCAGGGUUGCAGAAUGUCAGAAUCUCUGCUUAAUCCUGGACGGGCUAGGUUAUGUAAUGCGCAUGAAGAGGUGGAGUAA